AUUUAUAAAAUUAAUUUUGAUUGUGAUUUUAUUUAUUCGAAGAAAAUGGCAGAAUUUCCAGAUCAUGUGCAUACAAAAUUAUUGGCCAUCAAAUGUGAAUCUUGUUUAUUUGCACCGGAUCCGAAUAAACUUGAUGAUAUCAAUAGAUUCCUUCAGAAUCCUAAUCUUACCAUAAAUUUUUUCCAAUCAAAUUGUGAUCGUUUAAUAUUUAUAAUUCAAACGAUUAUGGCUGAUAUGCCUAGAUUGAUUUCAAAUCCAGAAUCUAAAUUUAGUGCUGAUCAACUAUUCCGAAAAUGUCUGGAAAUUUAUCGAAUUUUAUUCAAAAAAAUCAUCAUUAAUAAUCCAAAAGUUUUUGAUGCCACUUUCAAAAUGUUUUCAUUGUUAAUCGAUAAACAAGCUAAUCAGAAAAAUAACGAUCUUGGCAAUAAUAUAAUCGUUCUAAGUGAUAAUUCCACUGAAUUAUUGAUUGAAUGUACAAUCAAUUUAUUAGUGGCCUGUGAUCAAUCAAUGUUCAUGGAUUUUCUAUUUGAUCAAAUUGAAACAAAAAAAUUUGAAAUGAUAUAUGGAAUGCUUUCAAAUUGUCUAUUGCAAAUUAUUGUCAAACAUCAUUAUCAACCAUUGAAAAAAUUGUCAUUAGAAUUAAUGUCAACAAUGUAUUUGAAAAUUAUUGGCCAGCGAUUGUCUGAGUUCAAUUAUGAUCUGCCAAAUUUUAACGUGGCCGAUGACAGAUUCUUAAGAUUUUCGAAAUUUCUUUCAUCAAUUUCACCCGGAUUAUUGUCUAGACUUUGGAAACUGUUGCAGCUUUGUUCAAAUGGCGAUUACCAUAAGCUACAUUCUGAUGUUAUUAUCGUUUCGUUGAAAUUAUUGAAUAUUGUUCUUCUGAUGGUUUUUGAAAAUUCUGGAAAAUGUUCUGAAGAUUUAUUUAAUGAUGAGAAAUAUUCCAGAAAUUUAUCAACAAUGAUUUCCGAUAUCAUUGAAACACUAAUCGAACAUACGGAUUCAAACGUACGAUUUAAUUUAUUAAAAUUCACCGAAAGUUUGAUGUUUAACUGUAAUGAAAAAUUUAUACUGAAUCAAAUUCUUACCUUAUUCAAAGUUCCUUUAAAUUAUAUUGGAGCAAAUUCCAUCGAUGGAUUUGAAAACGAACAUUACGAGAUGAAUGAAUUAUGUAAACAUUUUCAAGAAAAUUUUCAAACAAAAAUCUUGGAAAAAUCAAUUCGAUUUGACGUGACCAACAUUUUGCAUAAAGAAUUAUUUGAUCAUCUCACCCGAAUGCCAUACUCAUUUCGAAACAUUGAUAUUCAUCAUCAUCAUCCUAAUAAAAUUAUAACGAAAACAAAUUUAAAAUCAUCAUUUCAAAUUCUUGUUGGUUUUUUACAUACAUUAAAUCAAUAUGGAAUCAAUGAUUUUUUGAAAUUAGAACAACAUAAUCAUCAUUUAUUUCGUACAUUUAUAAAUCUGGGAGAAUUUGAUUUUAAACAUUCGAAAUUUUUACCUCAAGAAUUCGUUGAUAAUAAUGCUGAUUUCAGUAAUAAUGAUAUGAAUCGUCAUUAUCUGAUUGAAAAGGUAUUCGCUGCAUUUCAUUUUGAUAAAUAUCUGAAAUACUUGAAUGAAAAAGAAUUAUUUCAAUGUUAUAAACAUUUCAUAAGUUAUUUAUGUGAAUUUUCAAAUUUUCAAACAUUUCAAAUCAUCACCGAUCAUUUAUCCUAUCUUUUGGAAUAUUCUGAUUUCGAUCCAACUGUUAUUAUGAUUACGAAUAUUUUUAUGAUAAAUGUAUCAAAUUUAGACUAUAAAGAUCAGUUGGAUUAUUAUCUUCAAGAAUUUCUUAAUAAUUAUUCAAAAAAUCUACAUAUGAUUGAUAUUUACGUUGAAGAUGAUUUAAUGAUUCAAUCAAAACAAAUCGAUAAAUAUCUUACAAUCGAUAGUAUUGCACAAAUUUGUUCAUCAAAAACUACUGCAUCAACGAAAUCCGAUGAAUCAAUCGAUUUGAUCAAAUUACAUCAAAGAAAAUUAUUUCAACAUUGUCUAAUAAUGCAAGGAACAACAUUAUUAUAUACUUUAUUUAAACCGGAAAAAAUUCGUUCAAAAUUUUUCAAAUCAUUUUUUCUCGAUCUUUUACAAUCAAUUGGUUAUCCACGAAGCGAUCUUGUUUCUCGUGUAGCUAAAUAUUGUAUGAUUUUAAUGGGUCAUCAUCUAAAUCCCGAACUAAUGAACAAUGUUAAUGAACCAAAAUUCUUAUCAAAUCAAAUGAUUAUGAAUAAUUUGGACUAUAUUUUCAGUUCAUUUAGUAUCGGUCUUGAUUAUAGUGUUGUACAGCAAAGAAAAUCUGAAAUUUCACAUGUUUAUAAAUAUGAUUCUUAUUCAAUCAAAACGAUUCAAAAUUCUUUACUUGCUGUCAUUGAAUUGAUCACUGAAUAUUAUUAUCAAUCAUCAUCAUCGAUUUCAUCAUUACAAAUAGAAUAUCUUCAUCGAUUGAUUGAUCAAAUUUUGAAUCUAAUAAAAUAUUAUUCCAUACGUUUAAUUGAUAUUAAUUCCGAAGAAUUGAAUAAUUUGAUUGAAAUUCUAUAUGCAUAUGUGAAGCUCAUAAAACUGUUAUAUGAUGAUGAUGGUGAUGAUGUUCAAGAUGAAUACACAAUCGAGAAUAAUGCUGACUUUGAAACUGAUAAAAUGAAUACUUUGAUUAAAGAUGUUGAAAAUUUUGUACAAACUUCUUCCAUCAUACAAAAAGAUCUGAAUUCAACUCCGAAAACACCGGUGGAUUUAAAUAGUUUUCAAAAUUGUUCUACCAUCAAUGAAAAUGAUGAUGAUGAUGAAAUGAAUGAUGAUAAUUUGAAAAUUCUUCAAUCUCCAAUCAUUAAAUCUCGUGUGGCCAAUAUUUUUCAUCUAUGUCCAAUGUUGCUUGGUGAUCCAAACAUUGCUAUUCGUUUGAAUGUAUUAAAAUUAUCGUAUAUUUCAAUGAAAUUAUUACGAUCUUAUGAAGAUAUACUUCUUCCAUAUGUUCAUCGAUUUUGGGAUUCAUUGGUUCAACUUUUGUCAUUGAAAUUGGAACAUCCUGUUGUGGUAAAAAAUGCUUUCGAUUGUUUAAUGUUGGCCAAUAAAUUAUGUGGUGAUUUUUUACUUCGUCGUAUGGGCAAAAAAAUCAUACCUGCAUUGAUAAAUUUUCUACAAAUUCGUUUCGAUUCACGUAUCAAUUAUUAUCGUAAACAUGGCCAUAAUGAAACAUUGAAAACAAUGGAUUAUUAUAUUGAAUUAGAAUUACUUAGAUCAUUAGGACGAUUAGCUGUAAAUGUUAAACUACGAUCACAAGAUAUUUGGAAAAUGUUACCAAUUUUCAUACUUUAUACAUGUUCCAACGGAAUAAUAAUGGAUUUACGACAAAAUUCAUUACAAUCAUUAAUCAUCAUAUCGGAUCGUGCAGAUUAUUAUUCAGUACGAUAUUUUGUACAUAUUUUUUUGGAAAUAUUUUAUGAAAAUCCUGGACUAUCAAUUCUACGUCCAAAUCAAUUGUCUAAUCAAUGCAAAUUUCAAUGUAUUUGCCAUAGAAAUCGUGAACAUUACAAAAAUAUUACAAGAAAAUAUUCAGAUUUAUUAUUACCAUUAGAUCAUAAAUAUAAUCUAUUAAAUCAAUUGAUAAUACAUUUGAAUAAUUAA